GGCUUAUACUUUGCAAUUUGACAGCUUGUUCUACGCUACCUUGGCUUUGUUUGUUUGCAACGAUCUAAUCUCAUCUGAUCUGGUCGUACUAUGGCGACAAACGCGCCUUACUACCAGAUGCGCGCCGGCCAGUUCAUCACCGCGCCCAACAGUACAAACGCUGCGCCGCAACAGUUUGUGCCUCAAGACGCCGACUAUGACCUCCCUGUUGCCGCCGUUAUGGAGUCUCAUGAACACCAUCACCCGUCUUUCUACGAGGAACAUCCUGUACGCCACGCGUCAGCAGAUACGCCGGGCAAUACGUUGGAGGAGAAUCACAAUCUUGCCGAGUUGCUUGAAGCGGCGACAACGGCAGCAGGUCAGGCGACUCAGGUCAUGAACACUGACGUUGCGGUCGCAGUAUUGCAGGGUGCAAGUAAGCGGAAGAGAGGAUCUAGCUUUCCCCCCAAUGAUGCUGCUGGCUUGAAUACUCAGGGGUGCGAGGUACUGAGUGCUAAACGACGGAGAGUCGACGUGCAUAUAGAUGCUCAGGAGGACGAUGCCAACGACAACGACAACGAAGAUAGGGUGCGCGGCCAUUCCGAGACUGUUAACGUGCCGCCUUGCGGUGAGUCCCCACUAGAUGACGCUCGUGCAGCAGGUGUUCACUCCGCUGCUGCCCUCUUCCGCCGCUCCGCCGAGAAGACUUCGCGCAAGUACACCCGUCCGCCCAUGUCGAAGCUCUUCAUGUCACUCCAACUCUCACCAGAGAACUUUCUGCAGCUGCAAGCCCACGCCAAAACGUACAUGCUUGAUUCAACGCAUCCCGAGCGACAGAACUGCGUCGGCAAUCGCGGCAAGGGAGACACGGAUAUGGUCAAGCUGCGGUUGUUCAACUGCGUCCGUGACUUUCUGGAUGAUGGGGUUGGGGAUCAGUUUUUCGGCGAGCAUGUCGAGAAACAGGGUGAGGCGGAAGCUUUCGAGGCUGCCAGGGCGCUUGGAGAGGAGAAAAUGCCCAGUGUGGGAGAGAAGCUUUUGUGGCCGAGAGACGGAAACAAGAUCAUUAGCUUGGUCACGCCGCUGAUGAGACGCAUGGUUACAAACGAGCGGCAGCGCAUGUACGCUAUCGAGACGAGAAAGGGAGGCGCGAAGAAGAAGGAUACGGAAGGGAGCGUGGAUACUACCACUCAGCAUGACUCUGUCAGUAAUGGUCUGGGAUCAGCAGUGGAUCAGACAUCGCAGCCAGUCUUUGAUUCCAGUCUUGCUCAAGCACAACCACAGCUCUCACAGCCUGAAUCGCCAUUGACUGCUAUCUCCGUCACAUCUGGUCAGCUGGCUUAUACACAACCCCCAACGACGCCGAGGAAAUCUUCAAACGCAGCCGAGAGAAUUUGCAGAACAACAAGCGUGCCAACUCAGAUAUUCGACUACGGCCCAGAACUGAAUCUUCCACUUCCCAGGAACGACCCAGCCGAGCCGUGUCUGAAUCGUAUCAACAUCUUCCUCACCCUGGCCUCCAAUGGCACAAAGCAAGGCGUCCGCCUGCUCGAGAAACGCAUCUUCACCGCCCAACCAGACCACCUCAUGUUCACGCCAUGGAACAUCCUCAUCCACGAGAGCAUCGUUCUUGUCAAGAAAGCAACAAUGAUGUACCCGGAAUUGCGCUGGAAACGAGUGUCGCCAACCGACCACACCCAGCAUCACGUCGUCUCCGAUGAAAACCUCCGUGGGCUGGCCGUCGCUGCCAAUGCGCUGCAGACCGAACAGGCUGAUCCAGACGUCGGUCUCGUGUCAGAUGUGCAUUCUCCUUGCCUUGGCGCUGGGGCGAACCCAUCAGACCGACAAUAUCUCGAUGACAGUAAGCGGGAAACGUCUAGCCAUGGUCGCUUGCCGCUCCUGGACUUCGACGCCAUCCGCUCGGCGGCUCUGGACUCGGAUGUAGCAGAAAUGUGGUUUCCGCGCUUUGGUGUCAAGACACUGGGUCCUGAGGGCUGGAGGGCCAUUGCAAAUGCGGGGGAUUGGCACCGUGUGCUGCUUGAACAUGCGUUUGCGUACUGGGCGGAUGGGACCUGCAAUGUUAUCGUUGAGUUAGAAGAUAUUCCUGUGCAGGGAGUGGGGUCAAGGGGGGAGAAGGAGAGAGGUAUUGUUGAGCCGGUAGACGACUUGUCGAGUGGUAUUUGAGGAGUGUGGGAAGGUGUGGGAAUUAUAUGGCGUUUGAGGGCUG